AUGGCGGCGGCGGCGGGAGCUGCAGCGGCGGCGGCCGCCGAGGGGGACCCCCCUGCGGAGAUGGGGGCGCUGCUGCUGGACAAGGAGCCCCGGGGAGCCGCCGAGAGAGUUCAUGGAUCUUUAGGGGACCCCUCUCAUAGUGAGGAGACCCUGCCCAAGGCCAACCCCGACUCCCUGGAACCUGCCGGCCCCUCAUCUCCGGCUUCUGUCACUGUCACCGUUGGCGAUGAGGGGGCUGACACCCCUGUAGGGACCACGCCACUCAUUGGAGAUGAACCCGAGAAUCUGGAGGGAGAUGGGAGCAGAAUCCUGCUGGGCCAUGCCACAAAGUCGUUCCCCUCUUCCCCCAGCAAGGGGGGUGCCUGUCCCAGCCGAGCCAAAAUGUCAAUGACAGGGGCAGGAAAAUCGCCCCCCUCUGUGCAGAGUCUGGCUAUGAGGCUGUUGAGUAUGCCUGGGGCCCAGGGAACCGCACCAGCUGGGCCUGAGCCCCCUCCAGCCACCACCAACACUAAUCCGGAGGGGCAGCCCAAGGUGCACCGAGCGCGGAAAACCAUGCCCAAGCCGGGAAAUGGACAGCCCCCAGUCCCGGAGAAGCGGCCGCCAGAAGUGCAGCAUUUCCGCAUGAGUGAGGACGUGCACCCGCUGGGCAAGGUGACUUCAGAUGCGGCCAAGAGACGGAAGCUGCCCUCGGGCGGUGGCCUGUCAGAGGAUGUGGGCUCUGCCCGGGGUUCAGAAGUGACCCUGGAGAAGGGGGACCCCCGGUCCCUGGACGAGUGGGAGACGGUGGUGGGCGACGACUUCAGUCUCUACUAUGACUCCUAUUCUGUGGAUGAGCGAGUGGACUCUGACAGCAAGUCUGAAGUGGAGGCUCUGGCCGAACAGCUGAGCGAGGAGGAGGAGGAGGAGGAAGAGGAAGAGGAGGAAGAAGAGGAGGAGGAGGAGGAAGAGGAGGAGGAGGAGGAAGACGAGGAGUCGGGCAAUCAGUCGGACAGGAGUGGCUCCAGUGGCCGCCGCAAGGCCAAGAAAAAGUGGCGGAAGGACAGCCCGUGGGUGAAGCCAUCCCGGAAGCGUCGAAAACGAGAGCCUACGCGGGCUAAGGAGCCUCGAGGAGUGAAUGGUGUGGGCUCCUCAGGCCCCAGUGAGUACAUGGAGGUCCCUCUAGGGUCCCUGGAGCUGCCCAGCGAGGGGACCCUGUCCCCCAACCACGCUGGGGUGUCCAAUGACACGUCUUCGCUGGAGACGGAGCGCGGGUUUGAAGAGCUGCCCCUCUGCAGCUGCCGCAUGGAGGCGCCGAAGAUCGACCGCAUCAGUGAGAGAGCCGGCCACAAGUGCAUGGCCACCGAGAGCGUAGAUGGAGAGCUGUCAGGCUGCAACGCUGCCAUCCUCAAGCGGGAAACCAUGAGACCCUCCAGCCGAGUAGCCCUGAUGGUUCUCUGUGAGGCCCACCGUGCCCGCAUGGUCAAACACCACUGCUGCCCAGGCUGCGGCUACUUCUGCACUGCCGGCACCUUUCUGGAAUGCCACCCUGACUUCCGCGUGGCCCACCGCUUCCACAAAGCCUGUGUGUCCCAACUCAAUGGGAUGGUCUUCUGUCCCCACUGUGGGGAGGAUGCUUCUGAGGCCCAGGAAGUGACCAUUCCACGAGGUGAUGGAGUAACCCCUCCAGCCUGUGCUGCCGCCCCAGCACCCCCGCCCCUGGCACAGGAUGCCCCCGGAAGAGUGGAUACCUCCCAGCCCAGCGCCAGGAUGCGAGGGCAUGGAGAGCCCCGCCGCCCACCCUGCGAUCCCCUGGCUGAUACCAUUGACAGCUCGGGCCCUUCACUGACCCUGCCCAAUGGAGGCUGCCUCUCAGCCGUGGGACUUCCUCUGGGGCCUGGCCGGGAGGCCCUGGAAAAGGCACUGGUCAUCCAGGAGUCGGAGAGGCGAAAGAAGUUGCGCUUCCACCCGAGGCAGCUGUACCUGUCAGUGAGGCAGGGGGAGCUGCAGAAGGUGGUCCUCAUGCUGUUGGACAAUCUGGACCCUAACUUCCAGAGUGACCAGCAGAGCAAGCGCACGCCCCUGCAUGCAGCUGCGCAGAAAGGCUCGGUGGAGAUUUGCCACGUGCUGCUGCAGGCGGGAGCCAACAUCAAUGCCGUGGACAAGCAGCAGCGGACGCCGCUGAUGGAGGCUGUGGUGAACAACCACCUGGAGGUGGCGCGCUACAUGGUGCAGCGCGGUGGCUGUGUCUACAGCAAGGAAGAAGAUGGCUCCACCUGCCUCCACCACGCAGCCAAAAUUGGGAACUUGGAGAUGGUCAGCCUGCUGCUGAGCACAGGGCAGGUGGACGUCAACGCCCAGGACAGUGGGGGGUGGACGCCCAUCAUCUGGGCAGCAGAACACAAGCACAUUGACGUGAUCCGCAUGCUGUUGACCCGAGGCGCUGACGUCACCCUCACCGACAAUGAGGAAAACAUCUGCCUGCACUGGGCCUCCUUCACUGGCAGUGCUGCCAUUGCUGAGGUCCUCCUGAAUGCCCGUUGUGAUCUCCAUGCGGUCAACUACCACGGGGACACGCCCCUGCACAUCGCUGCCCGGGAGAGCUACCACGACUGUGUUCUGUUGUUCCUGUCACGCGGGGCUAACCCUGAGCUGAGGAACAAGGAGGGGGACACAGCGUGGGACCUGACCCCAGAGCGCUCCGACGUGUGGUUUGCACUUCAGCUUAACCGCAAGCUCCGGCUCGGUGUGGGCAACCGGGCGGUCCGCACCGAGAAGAUCAUCUGCAGGGACGUGGCCCGGGGUUAUGAGAAUGUACCCAUCCCGUGCGUCAACGGCGUGGACGGGGAGCCGUGCCCCGAAGACUACAAGUAUGUCUCUGAGAACUGCGAGACGUCCACCAUGAACAUCGACCGUAACAUCACCCACCUGCAGCACUGCACGUGUGUAGACGACUGUUCCAGCUCCAACUGCCUGUGUGGCCAGCUCAGCAUCCGUUGCUGGUAUGACAAGGACGGGCGGCUGCUCCAGGAGUUUAACAAGAUCGAGCCCCCCCUGAUCUUUGAGUGUAACCAGGCAUGCUCCUGCUGGCGAAACUGCAAGAACCGUGUGGUGCAGAGCGGCAUCAAGGUGAGACUGCAGCUCUACCGUACUGCCAAGAUGGGCUGGGGGGUCCGUGCCCUGCAGACCAUCCCCCAGGGAACGUUCAUCUGCGAGUACGUCGGGGAGCUGAUCUCGGAUGCUGAGGCCGACGUGAGAGAGGAUGACUCUUACCUCUUUGACUUAGACAACAAGGAUGGAGAGGUAUACUGCAUCGAUGCCCGUUACUAUGGCAACAUCAGCCGUUUCAUCAACCACCUGUGUGACCCCAACAUCAUCCCUGUUCGGGUCUUCAUGCUGCAUCAAGACCUGCGAUUUCCACGCAUCGCGUUCUUCAGUUCCCGGGACAUCCGGACGGGGGAGGAGCUAGGGUUUGACUAUGGUGACCGCUUCUGGGACAUUAAAAGCAAAUACUUCACCUGCCAGUGUGGCUCUGAGAAGUGCAAGCACUCGGCGGAGGCCAUCGCCCUGGAGCAGAGCCGCCUGGCCCGCCUGGACCCCCACCCAGAGCUGCUGUCGGAGCUUGGCUCCCUGCCUCCUGUCAACAGCUGAAAAUGGACCACCUACUUUCCUGGCCAGGUGGCCAGCCACCACCUCUUGUCACUUGCUGCUCCCAACCCAGGCCUGGGGCACUGCCACCUGUGUCCAGCGUUCUUCACACAUUCCUCCACGGCUGACCCCAGCCAGGCCCGGAGGUCUGACAGACAGCCCCCUCCAGAGCUGCUCUUCCUGGAAGUGUGGCUCUGCUGAAAUUUGAUGAGGUCUGGCCAAUUGGUUUUCUGUGUUCUUAAUAAAUGUUGAAUUUAGUAA